AUGCAUCUUGCCGAUCUGGCCGAGACGGGGAGACGUCGUCGAGCGCGUGGGCACUCGGAUGGAUCACGUCGGUCUGGGAGACGUGACGGGACGGAAAAACCUAAGAGGUUCCUCUUCUGCUUCCCGUGGAUUAAGUCCAGACGUACACGCACGCAGGUCCUUCGGUGUUUUGUCAGCGGCAUCUUCCUGACGCUGCUAUUAACAGUUUACCUUGCACUCAGCAUAACAAAGAAUAUCAACAACUCAGAGUUUACCGUGCUCCUCAUCCUUGUCAUACUCUUCACUACCAUUGUUUUCUGUCACGGUCUGAUCCGGUUGUGCAUGCUGGUAGUAAAACCACCCUCAUUGGAAGAUGAUCGAAGUCGCAGCAGUUUGCCACAGAUGCUUGGACCGGGCGGGUACGCCAUCCCCCGACGACCUAUCCGAGUCGUUCUAGCGCGCGACGAAGAGGCAGCUGGGAUGGAAAGCGAGACCACCAAACUGCAGCCGCCCGCGUACGGGCUCUGGAGGGAGAGCGUGAGAGUUGAUCCGAACCGCAUCUACUGGCAGCGCAACGACCAAGCUACGCCUGAGAAUGGCGAGUGGGACUCUGCUGACGAUGGUCGGCCAGCUACGUCGAAUCGUCCGCCCAGCUACGCUAGUGAGGACGGUGUCGAGUAUGUGGUUGAGGCGCGGCCGAGAAGCGUGGUGCCGUUGGGUGAUGUGCCGUUGCCUCCGCACCCUUCCGAGAGAGUGACGGCGGGUGGGCAUCUCGCUGCAAGGUAG